AGCAUACUAAGCCAGUGUAUCAUAGAAACAUUCGAUCGUGUGCAGAGAAGCCAAUUGUUGCCAAUAUCUAGCGUCCUACGGCGGGCUACUGGCAGCCACAACAACAUCUCAUCAUGAACUUCGUGUGUCAGCAGUGCAAGCAACCUCUACAUCUCGAUGCCUCGCUCGUAGAUCUUUCUCCGUCGGCGUAUGACCUCGUCGCGUCAUCCCUGCCCCCCGCACCUUCAGCCUCGCAUGGCCGGCAGGCGUCUGGGGCAGAGAAACUGGCCCAGCUUCCCGCACCUCCAUCCGCGAAGUCUGCGUGGAGGAAUUCCGUGCAAGGGACACCGUCCUCCCCAGCAACGUCCUCCUCGCAGCGGAGACAGUCGCAGCAGGCCCCGAUGCUUCCAAGCGAAUCGUUUGUGCUGCUCCAGGACAGCGUAAUCCGCAACAUCCCUUCGCAACUGCCCCAGACCACGCCUGGAAAGCGAGCCUCUCUCACCAAAGGUCGUGCAACGGCGCCCGCACAGCCAGCGCCGCCCCCAGAGGAGCCUACACACCCGAAUCCUUCGCCUCUCUCGCACCACCUCCGCUCAUCACUCCGGCUAUUCAACCUCCUCUCGAGCCGAACAGACCUCGAUCACCCUCUCUGUGCGGAAUGCACUCACAUCUUGCUUGGAACGCUCACGCGACAGCUUGAGGAGACGAAGAAAGAGCGAGACGGGUACAUCGCGUUCGAGAAGGAGGUAAAGAAGGAGAAAGACCGGGAGGGCUCUGGAGUAAACCGGCUCGAGGCGGAGGCGAAGAUCGACCGCCUCAAGGAGGAAGAACGACUUGCGAUCGAGCAGUUGAAGUCAGCAGAACGGGAGCGACAGCAACUGGAGGACGAGUUGAAGAGCCUCGAGCGGGAAGAGAAGGCUCUCGAAGAGGAGGAAGCAGAGUUCUGGCGACAGCACAACGCGCACUUGUUGAAGUCCGCGGAACAGGCGUCACAGCUCUCUGCGCUGCAAGCUGCAUUUGCCGCAGAUUCCGCGACGCUUGAUAAGCUCGAGCGAACCAACGUGUACAACGACGCCUUCUGUAUCGGGCACGACGGCGUGUUUGGGACGAUCAACGGGCUUCGUCUGGGGCGAGUUCCUGGUGUACCCGUCGAAUGGGCGGAGAUCAACGCGGCAUGGGGACAGACGCUUUUGCUACUCUACACCAUCGCUCGCAAGCUUGACUUCACCUUCGAGAACUACCGCCUCGUUCCAAUGGGCUCCUUCUCUCGCAUCGAGAAGACGACAGGGGACAAGGCAACCUACGAGCUCUACGGCUCGGGCGACCUUCACUUUGGCCGACUCCUGCACAACCGCCGCUUCGACUUUGCCAUGGUGGCGUUUCUGGAUUGCCUGAAGCAGCUCAUGGACUAUGUACGGUCACAGGACCCGCAAGUUGAUUUCCCUCAUCAGGUUGUGAAAGACAAGAUUGGAGAAGCGUCCGUCAAGCAGCAAUUCAGUCAGGAAGAAGCGUGGACACGCGCUCUGCGGCACGUCUUAUUGGCACUGAAGAUCCUGCUCAAAUGGACGACGAACGGGAGCAAUGGCUGAUAGAAUCGCGGUGUUAGUAUUUGGCGCUACCUGACCCACUUCUAUCCGUCAUUUCCCACUCCUUUCGACGGCGAGGUGAUGACCAUGCUCGGCACGCGUGAGCGGACUUUUGUACAGAAC